UUUUUUUUUAAAGAAUCGGCGAUUUUCUUUUCUAUCAAGUAAUUGUUGUAUAGCUUGAGUUGGCUCAGUUUCCAAGUAGCUGGAAGGUUGAUAUAUUAACGUUUUUUUACUAUUAUACAGGAUCGAAAAUGUUUUUCGAUGGAUAUGGAUAUCAUGGGACCUCAUUUGAGCAGAGUUAUAGAUGUUACCCUGCAUCUUUUAUUGAAAAGCCACAAAUUGAAAGUGGUGAUAAAAUUAUAAUGCCUCCCUCAGCCCUUGAUCGCCUUGCAUCUUUGCAUAUUGAUUAUCCAAUGUUGUUUGAGCUUCGGAAUAAUAAUGCUGAGCGAGUCUCACAUUGUGGGGUUCUGGAGUUCAUUGCAGAAGAAGGCAUGAUCUAUAUGCCAUAUUGGAUGAUGGAGAAUCUGCUCCUCCAAGAGGGUGAUAUUGUACGAGUGAAAAAUGUUACACUUCCCAAGGGAAAAUAUGUUAAACUCCAACCUCACACAAAGGACUUUUUGGAUAUUUCUAACCCCAAGGCCAUGUAAGUACAUUGUAUUUUAUUUUCAGUUGCUAGUUUGGAUGA